UUGCCUGCAGAGGUCUUUUUUAUCAGUGUCAGAUGAGGAGAGAAGUGAGUGAUGAAAAGAGAUAUAGAGCUGUGAGGAUAGUUGGCUGUCAGAGGGAGAGGAGGAGACUACACAUACGAAACAUCAAAAGUAGACAGAGAAAAGACAGAGAAUGCAAAAGGCUGGAGAACCAGAGAACUAGACACCCAUCUAUGAAGAAUAUGAAUAAAACUCCAACUGAUCUUGAGUAUCAGCCAUCACCCCAGCCAUCAUCACAGCCAGAAUCUGAGAGAGGGCCUCAGCUUCUACCUCUAUUGCAGCUGCCACUCCUCCCAGAAUCUGUCUGCCAGGCCCAGCAAGAAGUCCAGCUCCAGUCUCAGCAACAGCUCCGUCCCCUGUCCCAACAGAGCCACUUGUCAUCCCAGUCAGAGUCUCAGCCCCUAUCUCUGCCAGAAUCUCAUGAGUUCCAGCCACAGCUUGGUGAAGAAGCCAAGCCAGUGUGCCCAAACCAUCGAUGGCUUCUUCUCUUCCUCAUGGGGUCGUCCCUCUGCGCCAUCAUUCUGUGUCUGAUUUGCUACACCCAACAGAAUCUCCAAACAGAAAGCAAAGCGACAAAAAAGACAGGCAUUGUCAGUCCAUGUCUCUCACCAGCCUGUCAGAUGGCCUCAGCCCAUCUGUCCAUGUCUGUUGACCCCUUCACCCAGCCUUGUGAUUACUUCUUGUUCACAUGCGGAUCUGACAGUUCCUCACCAGCCAGCAGGGGGAGACAAAGAGACGAGGGCACCCCUGGCCUGGGAGAAAAGACGGUGCAGUCAAAGAAAAGGAGAGGAAGUAAGGAGAGAGAGGACACAAGUCUGAGAGAGGAGACAAUACUGGAUAGAAAAACUGCACUGCUUCAGUACCUCAGGAAGCUUUUGGAAUCAGACAACAGGUCAACUGGUUCAGCAGUGCAGAAGGCCAAAAGAUUCUACUACUCCUGCUUGGACACCAAAUCCAUAGAGACUGCUGGUGCAGAGCCCUUCCUCACACUCAUCCAGAGACUUGGGGGCUGGUCAGUAUCAGGCCAGUGGAAUCAGACUGAUUUCAACUCCACCCUGAGCCUGCUAAUGAAAGACUACUUCACCUUCCCAUUCUUCAACCUCUACGUGGGAAAAGACCCAAAUGAAAUUGCCCGAGGGACUAACAGGAAAUACAUACAGAUUGAUCAGCCAGAUCUGAUGAUCCCAAUUGAAUGGAACAGCAAGACACAGAAGUCUCAAGCUAAUACUCAGACUCUGCGUCCUUUCUUGGCAUUGUGUGAAAGGUACCUGGCCCUGCUGGGAGCCCCGUCCAGGAGGACCCACCUCCAUGUGGGUGUGUUCAUCUCUCUGUCAUCUGAGCUUGCUGUGUCUGCUGCCCCUCUGUCCCAUCGCCUGAUGACAGGCCAGCUUUACCAGCGCAUGACCAUCAAAGACCUACAGACCCAGGCCCCUGCCAUUGACUGGCUAGGCUGUCUACAGACUGCUUUCCAUCCUCAUUCUAUCAGCCAGGAUGAUCAUGUCCUUCUGCAUAACAUACCCUACAUUAAGCAGAUGUCUCAUGUCAUUGGCAAAUGGCUGAAUAAGCAUGAACUGAGCAGCAGUGGCCCACUUCAUACUUACAUGGUCCUCAAUCUCCUGCACACCUUCAUACCGGCACUGGAUUCCAGAUUUUCUGAAACAGAAAGGAAUUUCUCUGUGGCUCUGGGUAACAGUGACAGGGUAGCCCCCCGCUGGAAACGGUGUGUUCUGGAGACUGAAAAAGGGUUUCACUCAAUUCUCACACACCUUCUCAGUAAAAGGAUUGCACACAGAGAGGCAGAGGAGAUUAUCCAGAACAUUUUUUCUGCCUUCAAGUCAAAUUUAGUUCAUCUCAACUGGAGAGAUCAGACAUCUCGCCAGUUUGUUAUGAAUAAGGUUCAGUCUCUAACUCCAAGACUUUGGACUAAAGCAGAGAUCCCUAGUGAAGCUGAGCUUGAUGAGCUAUUUUCCAAGGUGACAGUUCGAACAAAUGACUAUUUCUCCAACUACAUCCAGCUACUGUCCCUGCAGCAGAAGAGACGCAACAAACUCUUUGCUCAGACUGACGGGGUUGACAUCUUGUCUGUCACACCGUUUCUCUUGGGUAAUGACCUCAUCUUUCCAAUGGGAAUGUUUGUCCCUCCUCUCUUCCACCCAACCUAUCCCAGGGCCAUGAAUUAUGGAGUACUGGGUUCCCUUAUUGCCAAAGAUAUCCUCCAUCUGCUUCUGCCAGACAUUCAUUCCCAGAGUGAAACAGUGCAAGCAGUGGGAGACUGUGUGUGGGCUCAUUACCUCACUUUAACAGAAAAUGCAGGGAGAGGUGGCACGUCCUCUCUCUCAGCAGCACAGCAGCAGGAGAUGUGGGUGCAGUAUUCUGCACUGCAGAUAGCAUUAAAGGCUUAUCAUCAAAGUCUCAAGAAACACCCAGGCGACACUUCUCUCUCAGGAUUGUCUCACAUUCACCUCUUUCUUACUUCUUUCUCUCAGGCUAACUGCGACUCCGACCCAUUCCGUGAAUUCAUGCCCUUGGAGCCCUCCUUCUUGAUUACGGUCAUCUGUGCCAAAUCUGAACUGUGUCCUACCAGCCUCAAGUGCUCCAAUAAAACCCAGCAGCACUUAUUACCAUCAUGCUGAAUACAGUCUCCUUAAGGGACCAGCAGAACUUUUUAUGUUAGUGAAAUUUUGGGACAGCCUGACAAAGUCCCAUUUGCUGCUGGAAACACA